AUGCAGAAUCCGUUCCGACACCAGUACCCCAGUCAACACGAGUACUACUAUCUGGAGCACCAAUUCAACGGAAAUCAGUUCCGAUUCCGUUACAAUCGGCACCAGUACCACAACAUACUUCUCCCGUUCAGGAACACUCAACCAUUUUACCAGAAUAAUUAUCAGAAUGGCGGAAUCGAGUACCAGAAUGAUAAGACUUUGGUUGAGCUUUUGGGAGACUUUCUAUACAUCGCGCCGUCCGACUACGUGGCGCGCCUACACUCCCAGGGAGGCGGUAAGGUCUGGCUGUUUGCCUUUGAAUACGAGGGCACCCGUAGUUUCGGGCCCAUACAGAAAAACGCACAGCACAUCUCCAAACAAACUUAUGGUGUGUCCCAUAUGGACGACCGAUUCUACGCCUGGAUCACCGAAUACAUACGCGACAGCCCGGCCGCCGAGAGAUCCCUUUCCAACACAUACGCCAAACAAUUCUACGUAUUCACCCGAUUGGGACAAAUACCAUCCGGGUAUAUGAGU